CGCCUGCUGGACGCCGAGAGCGACGAGGCCGCCGAGGCCGGCGCGGCGCUCGGGGGCUUCGCCAACGCCGUCCUCCUGCUCGGCCCCUGCCCGCGCUCGCGGCGGGAGCUGCUCCAGUUCGUGUCCGGCGGCUGCGAGGCCCAGGCCCAGGCCCAGGCCCCGCCGCCCACCCCGAAGCAGCUGAUGGACAAGCUGCUGCCCAGGAGGCUCCAGGAGGUCAUGGUCACCCGGAAGGUCACGUUGUACUGGGUGGACACCGCCGAGAGGUCAAAGCUGUGGGAGUCCCCGGACCACCUUGGGUACUGGACGCUGUGUGAACUGCUCCAGCACGUGGGGGGCACCGUCUUGCCGUUGGAGACUUUGAGCCCAGAUGGUACGAAAGCUGGGGAGACCCAGCUCCCCCGUGAGCCUCCCCUCUCCUCGUGGGUGUCAGCACUGCCCACAGACUCCAUCUUAAACUGUCUGCUCUGCAAUUCUCCCGAGUACGAAGCCUCGUUUCCACGGACGGAAGGAACGUUAUUUCUCCCUGUUGAAGGCGAAGAGACUCAAGAAGCAUGGACAGUCGUCCUAGAGCCCUUAGCCAUGCAUCAGAGACAUUUUCAGAAGCCAGUCAGAAUUUUCCUGGACGGCACGGCCUCCCAAUGGUCCCUCCCAGCGAGCAGCCUGCUGGGCACCGACAGCUGGAUGCUCUGGAGUCCGGAGGAGAAGCAGCCGGCCCACAGGUCAUUGUUCCAGCAGCUGGUCCACAGGCUGACUGCCGAAGAGUUACACCUGGUCGCCAGCGUGGACCCCGGUGACGGCUGGCCCCCCGUCACAGGAGUAAUUUCCCCGCUCUCUACCACCACUACCGUUCUCACCGUGCUCCGCACCGAGGCGGCUGCAUUUCAGAGGCAUUUUCUCCAAACAGCUGUGGCCGAGAACCCCCUGGACACCACAUCCCUGUGUUCCGAUGUCAUGGGGGUCGUGUUGGGUCCGACCUUGGGUUUACGGGAAGACCCGUCUACCUCCGCUCCUCCCUGUCCAGAGUGGGUCCAGCAGGAGCUUGGCCGCACCGCGCCCUGGCGAACCGCUGUUGCCGAGAGCUGGUUUCCCUGCUCCAGCCUCAGUGGCGCCAGUUCCAACCUGAUGGAGUCAUUUUGGCUACUGCAGGCUGCCCCGCCCAAUAAGGAAGAAUCUUCCAAGACUGAGAGUGAGGUCACACGCCGCCUGUCCGAGCUCUACCUGAGAAAGUCUCGUGAAGAGCCCGCCGCGUCUAACCAGGAGGACGGCAAAAAGAAACGAGGCGUCCCUCGCACGCCUGUGCGUCAGAAAAUGAAGACCAUGUGCCGCUCCCUAAAGAUGCUGAACGUCGCAAGGCUGAACGUCAAGGCCCAGAAGCUGCAUCCCGACGGCAGCCCGGAGGCCGCGGGGGACAGGGCGGCCCCGCAGGCGGCGGGCGGGAGAGCGGCGGGCAGACUGGAGCCCCGAGGACGGACACGGAGGAGCUCCAGACCCAAAGAUUUUAAAACCGAAGAGGAGCUGCAAUCGUACAUACGUGAAAAUUACCAAAAGACCAUGGCCACGGGAGAAACCAUGUUGUACUCAUGUGCUCAGAACAUGAUCUCAACCAUUAAAGCGUUUCUCAAGUCCAAAGGCGCCAAGGACUUAGAGAUGAGCUGCUUGCAUCAAGUCAAAAAUAACCUCUUAAAAACUAGCAAAAGUCUUAGACAAGACAUAGGCAAAAACCUGGAUAAAGAGGACAAAGUCAGAGAGUGCCAGCUGCAGGUGUUUCUCCGUUUGGAGAUGUGUGUGCAGUGCCCGCUGAUAACGGACAGAACAGAGGACGUGGAGCAGCUGGUGGAGGAGGUGGCGGAUCUCCUGCGCAUGGUGUGUCUGACCGAGGACUCGGCAUACCUGGCGACGUUUCUGGAAGAAAUCCUGAAAUUGUACAUCGACUCCAUCCCGAAGACACUGGGGCAGCUGUACGACAGCCUGGGCUUCGUGAUUCCUCCAAAGCUGGCGGAGGUCCUGCCGACAGACUUCUUCAGCGAUGACUCCGUGACGCAGGAGAGCAGGUCGCCGCUGUCCUCCGUGCCUCCGGUGGCAAGUGGCGGCAGGCCAGCGCCGGGCGGCACGGACUCUGACCGGCUGGAGGAGCUGCGGACUCGAUCGGCCAAGAAGAGGAGGAAAAAGGCGUUAAUAAGACACAAAAGCAUUGCGGAGGGCUCACAGAACGUUCGACAGAUUGAAAUCCCCAAGGUGUCCCAGAGCAGAGCGUCCCAGAGACCCGCGAGAAGCGAGAACUCUCGCCCCACUCUCCCACAGCCCUCACUCCCAGUGAAAGAUCCAGUACAAGAAGUGACCAAAGUCCGAAGGAAUCUCUUCACCCAGGAAAUUUCUCCUUCCAAGAGACCGGCGAAGCGGGGGCUGCCGAGAAGCCACUCGGUGUCGGCCGUGGAGGGCCUGAGGCACAAGCUGGACAGCGCCGGCGGGACCAGAGGGCACCACAGGCUGCUGACCAGGACCGUGGCCGAGACCCCAGAGCACAAGCAGGUGUCCGGGCGGCUGCUGCACAGGCAGAUCCAGGGCAGGUCCUCUGACCCUGGUCCUGAGGUGGAUGUUGUGGAGGAGUCCCCGGAGAAAGAAGUGAGCCUGAGAAGAAGCCCACGCAUCAAGCAGCUGUCCCUCGGCCAGACGAAGUCCGGUCCCUUCUACUCUGUGUCGCAGCCGCCGCCGCGCAGCGUGCAGAGAGCUCACUCCUCUCGGCAGAGCCGGUCAGACCCAGGAUCGCCGAGCAUCCCGAGCAUCCGCUCUCCGAAGACGCUGCUUUUCGGGGCCGUGUCCGAGGUGGUCAGGCCCUCAGAGGAGGGUGCGGCUCGACGGAAAGGGGCUUCAGGAGACACAGUGGCCUCUGAGAUGCCGACAGCUCACCAGACUCCGAAGAAGAGCUCCCGGGAACGCCCCAGCUCCCCGAAAGCAGCGACGCCCCCGCAGCCGCCCCGGGCCCCCCGCACCCCCGCCCGGCAGCCACGGCCCUCUGCGCCCCACGGCCGCCGCUCGCCUCCUCCGCCCGCAGCCUCGCCCCUCGGCCGCCCCCUGCCCGAAGGCGGCCAUUCCCCGGGGUCUCCGCAGAGCCCCCGGCUGCCCGCGGCGGCCUCCAGUCCAGAAAGCACGCCGCGUCCUGCAGCCUGGGGGGCGCCCAGAGCGGCUGCCCGCGUGGCCGCAGCUCCGCCACAGCCACUCCAGCACCCCCACCGCCCCGGAGCCCCGACAGGACCCGGGGACACAGCCGUGCCAGCUUCCCCGCCUGCGUCUCCGCUCGGCUCCCCUGUGGGCGGCAGUCCCGAGAGCCCCCCCUGGACAGCCUGGGCCGAGUCCCCUCCCCCUGGACAGCUGGACGGGAGAGCGCCCCAGAGAGCCCCCGGCCCUGCCCCCGCGCUGCCCCCCAGCACCUCGCGGCGCGCAGAGCCGGACUCCAGCCCCAGCCCCCGCCCUCCUGAAGGGGGGACGAGGCUGGGAAGCACCUCCAGUCCCGAGAGGGGCUCCCUGGAGGGCGCCCCGGGGCCGGGCUGCAGGAGCGGCUGGCACACGCCCUCCCCGCUGCUCCCCGCAAGGGACACGGAGCCCCGCCCAGUCCCGGACGAAGCCGCUGCCGGGAACAGCCAUGUUGCUCCCGUGGCUGCUGGGGAGCAGGCGUCUGGCCCCGGGACUCCUGCCUCCGCGCCCGGCUCUCCGCAGACACCGCCCCGCACCCUGCUCUGUGCGGCCCCCGGAGGGCAGUGCCUGCCCGCGUCCGCCCAGCUGUCAGAGGCUCCUGCCCAGCCCCAGGCCUACGAGGCGGAGCUGGACGUGCAGGCCGGCGGGCUGCCCAAGCUUCCAAUCAAGAAGGUGGACACCAGCCCGGGGUGCGAAGCCGAGCCGCUGAGGAGGGACCCGAGUGUGCCCCCUGGCCUGGGCGGGCCCAGGGGCAGCAAGUCCUCAAAACCCGACACCUACACACCGCCCCCCUGCUUGCGCCCCUCGCACGGCAGCCCCAGCAAGAACGGCGGACAGACCUACAUCUGCCAGUCCUGCACCCCCACCCGCUGCCCCUCGAGCACCCCCAGUCCGCUCCAGGCCGAGGCCGGGGCUCCCUGGACGCCGUCUCCCAAGCACAGCGGGAAGACCACCCCGGACACCAUCAAGGACUGGCCGCGGAGGAAGCGGGCGGUGGACGGCAGCCUGGGCGGCCCUGUGGGCAGGGCCGACGCGGGCACAGACCUUGGUGGGGGCGGGGCGCUCCUGCGGCCGGAGGGCGCGGAGCUGGACCUGGAGCUCGGCCUCCACAAGACGCGUGUCCUGGGGGACUUUGAGCUCGAGGGGGUGUGUCAGCUGCCAGACCAAUCCCCUCCGGGAGCCGGAGACGGGGUGCCCGGGUCCGAGGAGGCCCCGUCCUGGAGGCCGUCCGGGUGGGGCUCCCGGAAGAGGCUGCUGUCCCCCGAGGACACGGAGUGUGAAGCCAAGAGGGCCUGUGAGCCGCGGGGAGAGGCCCCGGAGGCCCGGGGCGAGGCCAGGUCUCCAGGCAACGAGGAGCCGUGGGUUCUGGGCUCCACGCCCCCUCCUGGCCGCGCCGUGCGCAGCGGCCUCUCCGCCCGCGGCCUCCAGGCCCUGACCCAGUCCCCGCUGCUGCUCCCCGGGAGGACGCCCGCCGCACAGGGCACCGCCGCCCCAGAUGAGGACUCAGAUGUGCUUCCCGCCGAGGACUCUCCGUUCAGCCGAGCCCUUUCCAGGACGCGCCCCGUCAGCAGGACGUACUCCCGGAAGAAGCUCCUCAGCUAAAGGGGGACCCGGCAGGGCCCCUGACCAGACACUACAGAGCCUGCCAGCCCCGUCUCUACACGCUGCCGGCUGCUCCGGGGGAGCAAGUCCCACAGCAGCCCUCCCAGCCCCUCCCCACCCCGC